AUGUCUCCCUCUCGUACAUCGCCGUCUCCUACUGCUUCCAGAGGCCUCACCAAGGAGCAGCUCGACACCUUUAACAAAGAUGGAUAUUUGAUAAUCCCAGGAGCUCUCUCCCAAGAAACAGUUUCCUCCUUACUAUCCGAAACCCAUUCUAUGUUGAACAAUUUCUCGCUGGAUGAUCAUCCCAUGACGAAAUUUAGUACUGGGGAAGGAGAUGACGUUGAACAUGUUGGGGAUAGUUAUUUUCUGGAGAGCGGUGAUAAGAUACGAUUUUUCUUUGAGGAAGACGCACUAUCUCCAAAAGGCGAACUCCUCAAACCCAAACACCUCUCCAUAAACAAAAUCGGGCACGCCCUCCAUUCACUCUCGCCCCCUUUUGCCGCGCUUCUCUCUCCAAAUGCCACUCACUCUCCCUCUCUCAUCGCGCAAUCCCUCGGUUUCAAAGAACCCAAAUGUUUGCAAUCAAUGAUAAUCUGCAAGAACCCCGAAAUAGGCGGCGCAGUCCCCCCUCAUCAAGAUUCCACAUUUUUAUAUACCGAUCCACCCAGCGCAGUGGGAUUUUGGUACGCGCUCGAGGAUGCGACGAGGGAAAAUGGAUGUUUGAGUUUUUGGCCUGGGAGUCAUAAGUGGGAGGGGGUGGGGAAGAGAUUUGUUAGGAGGAAAGACGGUGGGGGGACGGAGUUUGUGGAGAAUGAGGGGGAGAUUUUCCCGAGAGGUUUAGAGAAGAGGGAGAAAGAGGGGGAGGAAAAGGAAGGCAGUUAUGUAAUGGGUGAAGUUAAAGCGGGGGAUUUGGUACUCAUUCAUGGGAAUUUGUUGCAUAAGAGUGAGAGGAAUACGAGCGAAAAGGGGAGAAUUAUUUACACGUUUCAUGUUAUUGAGGGGGAGAAUGUGUAUGACGAGAGGAAUUGGUUGCAACCUCCCGAGGGAGGUUUUACUAGGCUGUAG